AUGGCGUCGUCUCUGAUGGCGGCCAUGCUGCUGCUGAUGGUGUCGGCUGGCUGCGUCUCUGGUGCCGGCCUCCCGAAAGUGGCAUUUGGCGAGAGCGCCAUCACUGCGAUCGGCACCGAGAUUGACAGGGUGGCCGCGAAGGCCCGCACCACAGUGCCCCAGCUCCUGUCCCUGCUCUCCAAGAGCGCCGACCUUGGCUUUGGUCUCGCCUCCAAGCGCCUCUUCUACGCCUGCAAGGGCCUGGCCGCCCCCGAGGGCCCCGAGCCUGGACCCCAGGCCGCCCCCGGCGACGUCGGCCCCAUCCCCCCCACCAACGCCGACCCCACCGACCUGUCCCUCGCAUUCAAGCUGCACAGCCGCCCCGGCGCGCCCCGCCGCAUUGUGCUGGACUUCACCGGCCACAUCACCACCGGCACCGGCUGGAACGAGGACUACGGCCUCGAUCCCAUCGUGACUCCCCCCUACGACAUCGAUGGCGUCCCCGAGUCCUUCAGCAACACCGAGCUUAGCAACAUCAUCUCCAUCUGGCGCGGCGUCGCCGAGGACUUCGCUGCCUUUGACGUGAGCGCGGGGUCGGGGCAGGGCUGCAGAAGGGGUUGA